UGUGGUGUCCAAUUGUGUGUUUCCUAGCAAUGACGUAAAAGACUCCCGCAGGUGUCGUCAUUUUGUUUGUCGCAGCUGCGCACUUUCCCAUGCCUCUAUUUCAAGAUUAGUCGCCUACCUUUGUACACAUUAUGUAACUCUUACAGUACUGCAGUUGACCUGUUACACAGUUAGUUGUGGAUUUCCUCAAAAGAUCACCGUGCAGAAAUGCUGUGCCUUGCAACGACCAUGUUUAAGCAAGUAAAAGUGAUAAACAAGGUGCUGCCCAGAUCCAGGCCGGAGGCUGCACACUUCACUACAGUACAGGGGCUGGAAUGCAUUGCCCCGCUGGUGAAGACUGUGGAAGAAACACCGCAGCCUGUCACUGUGGGCAUCACUGGAGAAAUACCCAGCUGGAUCAAUGGCAGCUUCCUGAGGAACGGCCCGGGGAAGUUUGAAUUUGGAAAUCAAAUGUACAACCACUGGUUUGAUGGGAUGGCCCUGUUGCACCAGUUUAAAAUUGAGAACGGGACUGUCACGUACAAAAGCAAGUUCCUGCAGAGCGACUCCUUCAAGAGUAACAGCGAGCAUGACCGGAUCAUGGUUUCUGAGUUCGGAACUCUGGCCUUGCCCGACCCCUGCAAGAAUCUCUUCCAACGCUUUGUGUCCCGGUUUGAAAUGCAAAAGCCCACAGAUAACUGCAAUGUGCACUAUGUGAAGUACAUGGGGGAUUACUAUGUGAGCACAGAAAUGAAUUUCAUGCACAAAGUGGAUCCUGAAACCCUGGAGAGCAUGGGAAAGGUCGACUGGAGCAAGUUUGUGGCUGUCAAUGGAGCCACAGCCCAUCCACACUACGAUCCCAAUGGCACCGCUUAUAACAUGGGCAACUCGUACGGCAGACAAGGUACUCGUUACAACAUCAUCCGGGUCCCCCCACAGAAGACGAAUGACAGCGACACCCUCCAGGGAGCCCAGAUAAUCUGCUCCUUCCCUCCAGAGGACAGCGCGAAGCUUUCCUAUUAUCACAGCUUUGGGAUGACAGAGAACUAUGUUGUGUUCAUUGAGCAGCCCAUUAAAUUGAAUUUACUGAAGAUUGUGACUGCGAAAAUGAGAGGGAAGUGCAUAUCGGAUGGGAUCACGUGGGAGACGGAUUGUGAAACCGUGAUUCAUGUAGCAAGCAAACAAACAGGACAACUGAUUCCUGUGAAAUAUUACGCCAAGCCCUUGGCCGUGUUCCACCAGAUCAAUGCGUUUGAAGACCAGGGCUGCAUUGUUCUGGAUCUGUGCUUUUCGGAUGGUGGAGAUGCCAUGGCUAACUAUCAGAUUCAGAAUCUGCGCAAGUCUGGAGAAGCACUAGAUAAGGUGUACAAUACCGCCGCCAGAACAUUUCCACGCAGGUUCGUGCUUCCCCUCACUGUAGACUCCAGCAUGGCCACCGGACAGAAACUCAACACGCUACCUUACAGCUCUGCCACUGCAGUGAAGAGAGACGAUGGGAAGGUGUUCCUCUCUCAUGAAGACCUCCACCUUGAUGAUUUAGUGGAAGCAGGGGGCCUUGAGUUCCCACAGAUCAAUUACGCCAAUUACAACACUAAGAAGUAUCGCUACUUCUAUGGCUGUGGCUUCAGACACCUGGUGGGAGACUCCCUGUUAAAGAUGGACAUCGAAACCAAAGAAAUGAAAAUGUGGAAGGAGCCUGGAUUCUACCCAUCAGAACCGGUCUUUGUUCCAGCUCCGAAUGCAAGGGAAGAAGAUGAAGGAGUCAUUUUAUCAGCUGUGGUCACGCCUCAACAGGAGAAGAACACCUUCCUGCUGGUUUUGGAUGCCAAGUCCUUCACAGAGCUAGGCAGGGCAGAAGUCCCUGUGAAAAUGCCGUAUGGCUUCCAUGGGGUUUUUGCUUCCAGUAAACAGUAAGUGAACUGAAGGAGAUUUCCCGGCAAGCCUGAACGAAUCAGAGGAGGACACAACAAAACUCAAAACCAAGGAAGCGAGCGAGAAAAUGAUGUCGGUACAGACUAACUGGAAGACUGCAGAAUGAGGACCCUGGUUAAAGUGGUGGUCUGAGUUCUGCUCCGCUGGCCAGCUCUGUGCUUUCGUAUCUCGUGUGUGUCAUAUAUAUAUAAUUACAGUGUACUUGACACUGCCAGUUAUCAAAGUGUUUCUUUGUUUAGAUAAAGAAUAGAUAAAUGUCUAGCAACUCAACAUUACAUCCCUAGUGAACCUUUUCUUGUAUCAAUCCACAGCUGCCAGUAUGUCAUGAACAGCUUCAGGUGCUGACUUCAUAUUUUCAGUGUUAUGUGUAACUCCUAAGGGCAAAAUCUAAAAGUAACACUCUAAAAUCUGCCUAAUAAUAAAUAA